AUGCCACCCGAAGGAAGCACGAGGGCUGGGAUACUUCCAGGUUGCCCAAGCAGGUUCCCCAGACAGGGGAAGUGGAGUGGCGGAGGUCAGAUUCGAACCACGGACCCUUCGUGCCUUGGAUACGGUUCAGUUCAUUUUACCUCAUCCGGCGAACAAACUGAGGUUAAGAUGGCAAGCGAAAUGUUCAUCAUCAUCGACAGCCAGCAAUCAGUGUUCAACACCGAUGCUUCAAUGCCGUACAACCAUGACUUAUUCGAAAGCCUUAUUGUAAAGAAAAGAGUAAAGAUGAGUGCCGGCUGGUGGCCAAGACAUUUGUUGUUCAAAGUAUUCAGCCCACCGGUCAAGGCGUUCCUCCUUAUUCGAGAUGAUCGUUCCAUUCUGAUGACUGAUGCUUCCACUCACAGGUGGUUUCCGGGGACCGGUCGCACGGAUCAACUGAAAUAA